AUGCAAAACGAUAGAGGGAAGAAAGAAGCCCAGAUUCGGAGCUACGAUUCGCGAGUAGCAGCGAUUGGAUACGAAACCCUAGGAGAAAGAAGUGAAGAAGGAGCUGGAACGGAAUCAUGGAUGGACAUGGGAAUUGGGAGGUUGCUCCUCCGUUGGUUUGGAGGAGGAAGGAAAUGGAACGCUAUCAGAGUGCUUAACAUCAGGUCAAUCCAAGUGGGUCACAUCGAGAAGACGGGGACGGGGUCCGCCGUUCUUGCGUCCUUGACCGACGUUGGGUGGAUUGUCAUUGAAGGCAUCGUCGCCAGUCAGAAGGGUAACUUCAACGAGUUCAAGAUUCCCUGUCACAUCCACAUUUUCGCCAGUGUUGAGAAUUUCGAGUUGGUUAGGGCUUCGAUUGAUAGAGGUUGUGUGAUGGGAAUUGUAGUUGUAGCUCUGGGUCGGUGCUGGGGCUAG